CAAUAUGGCGGACAAGAAGAAACCGAACUCUGCAGACGAUCGUGUUGUACAAGAGACAGAUAGACAAUUCCUCGAGAGAACAAGUACAGGGACACUAAUCAAAGAUGUAUUGGAGAAAAUCAUAAGCAACAGACCUGAGGAUCCUAUUGCGUUCUUAGCUGAUUAUUUUGAUUCUCUAGAAGAUGAGACAAAUUUAGUGGUGAAGGCCAAACAGAUUUUAACAAUGACCCACCAUAGUCGUCCGGUGUUUGAAACCAAUGUUAGGAUGGCCUACAACCUCUUACAGAAACACAAAAUCUCAAAGAAAGUGUACGGUGUCAAUGGGACAGUUUUCACAGACUUAAUUAAAGCACUUUGCAAAGAUAUUCCUCAGACUGUUCAGAACAAACUAUUAAAGAAACUAGAGUGUGCAGAACAUGAAUGUAUCAAGUUUGAUGUAUUUAGCUCUGGUGUCUUCACUUGCUGUGUUUUACUUGAUUAUGUGAAGCUGUCAGAAAUGCUGUUCAAGUCUAUUGACCUCCAAAAGAGUGGAAAAGCUGACAAGGUGUUGUGUGAGACCGUUCUAGAUCAAUUACGAACAGCUUUGGCUAGCAAUAAGGCUGAUGCCAGGAGGGUAGUGGAGUCAGGCUAUAACCUCGGACCUGAUGGAUUAUACUAUGCCCUAGACAAGGCGAUGAAGAGAGGACACUUGAACCAAGGGGCUCAGACUUUAGACCAAUUUACAACAGAGGCAUGCGAUGCUUUCUUAACAAAGGUGAAAAAGAUCCGCUGAUUAAUGAUGUAUGCUAGUAGAUCAAGUUUGAACAAUGUUUGAUGAGACAACAUUAACAAUUUAUAUAAGAAAUAAUUGAUCUAAUCAAAAGUAAGAGUCGGUUGUCAAGACCUGAUUCUUUAUAAUCAGAUUUUUCAGGAAACAUUCGCAAUACAUUCCUUUGUGUCUCAACAUAAGAUGGCGUUUGUAUUCCUAUAUGCAAAAUUGAAUCUGUGAUCUAAGUAUUUUUGUAUAAAAUUGGCAAAGACAUAUGUCUCAGUAAAUUUCUCACAGUUUUUCCAAACUGGAGUUUGAACAACAGCUACUGAGGUAAAAUGGAAAUGGGUAAUUUUAAGUGCAAUUAUAGAAUUUUUUAUUCGAUAUAGGAUGUAUAGAAAAUAAGGGUAUCUUUUGAGCAAACAGGUAAGUUCCAAGACCUAAGGCAAAUAAAUCUUGCUUUUGGAAAUGAUAACUUGCUUUUCUAAGAAAUUGCCCAUUUUCUUACUGAAAUGUAUUCUCAUUCUACAAUGCUCAUCGAGCCGACCUACAAAACACACAAUUUACAAUGGAAAAAUUUAAAGCGAGUCGUUUUCCUUUAGAAAGUAACGAUGAUGAAUCUGGAGCUGAUUAAGUCAUUAAGGUCAUUCUAUUUUAACUCGAGUAUGAGGAAGUAGCUUGUAAUGUGUUGGUAUUGCCAAUAAUUAUAUAUGAAAUCGUAGUAAUGUAAGGGGAUGUUAAUGUUCAUUCCAAUUCAUUAUGGGAUGUUUUUGCGUAUAUUUUGUAUCAACUUAUCAAUAAGUUAUAAAUGGCUUGAUAAUAUGUAUGUAUGAGUGCCAGAUAUUUUUUGUAAGAAUGUAUGAAAUCUUUGUGUAUGUUUUGUGUUCAUGAAGUGUUUGGAGACUAUCACGAUAAAGUUCUAAUUUAUACAGAUGUGUGUGAUGAUACAUGUUUGUAACUUACCAGCUCUAAUUUAAAGUUUUGCCAGCUUAAACCACAGGGCAGCUUCCUAUGGCUUGUUGCGAUUGAUUUCUUACGAUUUAUAUUUACCCACAUUCUCAAUCGCCCUGCAUACUAAUUGGUAUCCAAGCCGGGAUUUCGGAACCUACCAAACAUUAACCAGAAGUACGGCGUUGGCUCUAUACUUCGAGAUUGUAUAUAAGAAUAAUUUUAAGCAAUGAUUUGAGAUAUGGUAAAUCUUUCUGACAGUUUAAUUUUCAUAUAAGGAUUUUGGACCUUCUGGACAUCGGUAUUGGUCAAAAUUUUUGAAGUGCAAAAUAUUACAGGUUUUUUUUUCAGCAUUUUCAGCCCCAAAAAGUACCUGCACAAAUUACACAGGUGUACAAAUUACCGGUACAUGUGUUUUUAUGGUAUCAUGCAGGGAUGUAAUAUUAUAAAGAUUAUAUGUUUAAGAUUAAGUGUGUUUACUAGGUAGAUACUACUUGUUCAAUGUUAAAGCUUGUAUUAGUAAAGACAAAAUCUAUCCACAGAGAUCCACAAAGAAUGGGGACCUCAAUAUAGGUUCUAUACUGAGGUCUUGAACUUGUAAUAAGGUCUCUCACCUGAUGUUUUAGCAUAAAGAAAAUGACCUUGACCUUGACCUUGUUUGAAUGUCUAAUAUGAGUCUAUUUCUCAUUAAUGGAUUGAGAAAGAGGAGAAACAUUUAAAUCUCGGAUGGAGAUGGUACAAAUUCCAAAGUAUAUUUGUGUUUUAAAUUCUGGAUCAAACAUAAUGUAUAUAUAUUAUUUAGGAAUCUGAGUUUGGGAACUUGUCAAGUCCCUGUGAAAUUUGUUUUCAUCAUUUUGGUUUGUCUAUUAAAGUCAAUUAAAAUCAAUUUUAUGAACAACACCAGUGUCCUUGGACAAUAUAAAGAGAAACAUGUAUGAGUAAAACUUCCUAUAAUUUAUAUUAAUGAUAAGCAACUCUUGUGAUAUGGUGAAAAAAAACAUGAUUUAAGAAUGCGAGUCUAUUGUAGUGCUAAGUUGUAUAUGUAUUUAAACACAGGGACUUGGCACAAAUUGCCAUCCACAUGGUCUGUACAUAUGUAUACAUUAUAAAGUUUUCUACAAAGUUUUAACCAUUAACUUAAAAUAUAUAUAAUAUCUAUAAUAUUACCUAUAUAUUUCUAUACAGAUUUCGAAGAUUAGAAUUCAUGGCAAGUCCCUGUGUAUUUUUGGAAAUAUUUGUUUAUAUCAUAGUUACCAUUUUUUCUUGGAAUUUCUUUUGGAGAUUUCAUUUAUGCAUAUUUCCCAUCUCCAGAAAAUUUCAAUUUUAAUAGUUGCGCUCCAAAACAGGAAUCUCCCUGAAAUAGGAAGAGUUGACAGAAAGGUUAGAUAUAUACAUUUACUGUUGUUGAAUAAAGGAGAAUUGAAAUUGUUCUAAACAAAUGA